CGUUCGUUUGUUAUCAGCGAUACAAGUCUUAAAAAAAUCAUCUCCCUCCAAACUCCAAAUCUUGAAAAAGUUCCUAGAAAAAGACACCUUUUGGCCUUUCACAGAAAAUGGUGUUCUUACUUCAGCUCCAACAAAGUCAAAUCUUCCUUUCCCCCACACGACUAAUUAGCUCCCAACCAAAACCAAUAAUAAGUAACCCUCUAAUCUCCCUUAAUGUAACAACAAAACCGUCUAUUCAUCCACCUGUCAACGCCGCCAUUAGCAACAUUACUAGUGAGGCUAAGGAAGUGUUGUUGCCUGCACCACUAAGGCGAGAAUUAAUGCCCAAACAUGUUGCAGUUAUAAUGGAUGGGAAUAGAAGGUGGGCUAAGAUGAGAGGGUUGCCAGUUGCAUUAGGAUAUGAAGCGGGUAUAAGAGCUGUUAGGAAACUUCUUGAGCUGUGUGGCAAUUGGGGAAUUAGUGUUCUUACUGUGUUUGCUUUUUCUUCUGAGAAUUGGUCACGUCCUAAAGUGGAAGUUGAUCUUCUGAUGGGCUUGUUCGAAAGAGGACUGAAAAAUGAACUCGAAGAUUUUGCGAGAGCUGGGAUUCGAAUAUCUAUAAUUGGUGACUCCAGUAAGCUCCCCAAAUCAUUGCAGGACUUAAUAGAUAAAACUGUAAAGACUACUGAGGGAAAUUCACGACUUCACCUCGUUCUUGCACUUAACUAUAGUGGACAACAUGAUGUUGUACAAGCUUGUCAAACCAUUGCUCAGAAAGCGAAGGAUGGCAUUAUUGAACCCGAAGACAUUAAUAGGUUGCUAGUGGAGCAGGAGUUACAAACGAACUGUAUCGAUUUCCCAUGUCCUGAUUUACUUAUAAGGACUAGUGGGGAGCUAAGACUUAGCAAUUUCUUACUCUGGCAGUUGGCCUACGCUGAACUGUUCUUUUCACAUUCACAUUGGCCUGAUUUUGGAGAAGCUGAAUUUUUGGAGGCUUUAUGUUCAUUUCAGCAAAGGCAGAGGCGCUACGGUGGACAGAGUUCCUAAGCUUUAUGCCAUGAAAUUUCUGAUUUAACUGUGAGGCUGAAAAGCCUUAUGGAGAUCGUUGAAGGUCGGUUCUUAUGAGAAACAAGUUUCAGGUACUUAAGAGCUAUGUUGCUCGGAUCUUUUUUGGAGGAUCCAGCACGGGUGCAAAGGCAUUUUGGAGGAUCCGAGCAAACAUAGCUUGAGAGCAGCCGGUACUUUUUGGAAAGUCCACUAUUUAUUAUCAUUGGUUUUGGUUACCACGACUGAAGUGAUGUUGA